GUGGCCGACGAGUAGAGUCGCCCUCUCGACCGAAGGGCCAGAGCGAGCCAUGACUGGCAAGGAGCGCGCGUCGCCCAUCUUCCGGCCCUGGGCCCAACAGCAGAGCGCCGAGCCCCGGAUCGUGCAGCCCGAGCCGGUGUACCUGCUGCCCGCGGCACUGCAACCGGCCUUCCCGAUGACCGCGUGGGAUGUCGCCGCCGCCGCCGCCGCGCACCACCACGCAUCCUCGCACGCGCCCGCGUUCCUCCAGCAAGAGCUGGCCGCCCGGUGGAAGGCCAAGAAGCAAAGGCCGAAGCGCUUCCAGUGUCCACACUGCAAGGUGUCUUUCUCGAACAAUGGACAAUUGAAAGGACAUGUGAGAAUCCAUACCGGGGAACGCCCGUUCGCCUGCGAGCACGAGGGCUGCGGCAAAACAUUCACCCGGAACGAAGAACUCACGCGACACAAGCGCAUUCACACGGGACUAAGGCCCUUCCCGUGUCCAUUGUGUCAGAAGCCAUUUGGCCGCAAGGACCACCUCAAGAAACACGUGAAGACACACGAGCGAGCUCUGCUUCCUGGCCUUCCCUACUUUUUCGGCGGCGCGCCGGACUUCCUCUUCAUGUGAGCCCCACCGACAAAAUGGACACACUUCUGAUGACCCAUCGCAAAUGUCUUUUCUGUGAACAAUGCAGCAUUCUCCGAGGACAGCAUCACCAAUUGGCCGCUGCUGGGAGCUAGCCAAUCCUCGCUUAAAAAAAAAAAAGAAAAGGUCUAGAACGAACCCUGUGUAUGCGCACUCAGAAAAUUUCGCAACUUGGUUCCCCUCUUUUCGCCGUGCAGCUCUUUAGCGUGUGAUUAUUUGUCCAACUAAGAGAACCUUCCAAGUUAUCAUUCUUCCAGUAAUUAACGAAGGUAUCGCUGUUCUUAAAGCGUUAAUACGACGCAACGACACCUGCCGUUUUGUAAUUGCAUGAGACAUUAAGCUUCCUUGGUCAUGAGCUAGGCUAAGUAAGCGAUACGUGAGACCAGUUCCGAAGCUUAACCUGUGCAACUUUUCUAAGUAAUGUCUUCUACUGCAGUGUUCAAGUAAAGAAGUGUGCUAGAUGAGCGAGAAAGUUUGAUAAUUUAUGACAGCAUAUUUAUAUAGUGCUCCUGUACAAAAUGAGCGAAACUUGUACAUAAAAUAUUAUAGUUUUGUACAAAUACAUAGACUCAAUGAGUGCCAUAAGAAACAUUGCUACACAAAGUGAGCACGACAGGGCCGGGUAACUUUGCCGCAAGCCCUCACGUUCUCUUGCCUUCGCAUCACAUUUCAAUAGUGGGUCCAAUUGUGCUCAGAAGUGAGGAAAACUAUUUUUGAUGUGCAAAUUUUAUGAGUGCUCAGACGUCUGCAUCAGAGCAGAACAUAUUUCCACAACUCUCUUGCUGUGAGAACAAUGCAUUAUCAGUGAAUGCGUCAUAGGAUUGAGUAGUUGUGCGUUGUGAUAUAUGCUACCCCUGAGGCAGCUGCCACUAACCUUUCUGGCCUCAUUCCUUUUUCUAUACCAUAUGUAUAGUGCCAUGUUUACCAGCUCUUUUAGUGUUAAUUUAAAUCUUACAUUACGCGAACUUCUAAUUUUUUUAUGUCCUGUUAAAGAGAAAACAUCGUUCGUCACCGAUUAAUAUUCAUAUCGAUCCUCAAUGUCGAUACGGGUUCCGAAUUACAAUACACGCAAACAUUGUAACUAUUAUUUUAUAUCACCAUCGUUACCAGCCAAUUGAAACCUCCCAGUGAAACUGUACUUCUCAAAGCUCAGAGAUUACUCACGCUAUAAGUGCAGGCGCUUUUCAACAUUGUGAGCCCAUCCUUGCUCAAAGCUAGCCGUUGCCAGCAACCUCGAUAUUUGUACAAACGAUGCAUAUAAUUAUUUUACUGUCCUUUUUUUUUUUUUGCGCGCGCGUGUGUGUGUGUGUGGCCUGUCCUGAAAACUCCAAGGACCCUGGAUUCUGUGAGCGAAUGCAUCUCUGGGUCAUCGACAGCACCGCUGUUGUUAGCGCGAAACUCAAAGUUCACCAUUCUUGUCAUUGUGUCACUUUUUGUACAUAUACUAUUUUCAUAUUUAUUGACAAAAUAAAUAAUUUAUAAUGA